GUAGUUACCUGCUCCAAGAGGCAGAACCUAGGAAGUCUCAACUGUCAGGCGACAACUCGGCAACUCCUUCAAAGUUCUUUUUUUUUUUUUUUUGAGGAAAAUUCCUUCAAAGUUCUAAAAUUCAAAUUUGCAUUUUAUUCUUCUGUUCUCUUAAUUUUUUAAGUCUUCAUCGUCUCCACCAAAAGUUGAGUAGAAGAAGCGUUCUUGGUUGUGUUCUGGCUUCCCUUUGAGCACUCUGAAAAACCAAAGAAUAAACAAAUUGAUCAUCUGUUGAAGAAUUCGACAAUCUUUGUUCUGAGAAUCCAAUAGUCUGCACAAAGGCUUGGUGGGACAUCAUGAGGAAUUUCCUUCAUAUGUUUCAGCGCAAUCCGAAUGAGAUUGAGCUUGGGUGCCAACAUACUAUAAAGUCCCAUGGAACGACGGUUGCAAAGCAUCACAGACAUGAUUGGCUCAUACUGCUUCUUCUUGUGGUUUUAGAUGUCAUACUUAAUGUCAUAAAACCAUUUUAUCGGUUUGUUGGUAAGGACAUGAUGACUGAUCUAAAGUAUCCGUUCAAGGAUAACACCGUCCCAGUCUGGUCUGUUCCUCUAUAUGCAGGCGUGUUGCCAAUUAUCAUCUUCGUUCUCUUCUAUCUUCGAAGGAGAGAUGUCUAUGAUCUGCACCACAGCGUACUCGGGAUUCUGUUUGCCUUGCUAAUAACGGCUGUAAUCACGGAUUCAAUCAAGGAUGCUGUUGGCCGGCCUAGACCUAACUUUUUCUGGCGAUGUUUUCCAGAUGGAAAAGAUGAAGGGAACUAUGAUGCACUGGGAGAUGUGAUCUGUCAUGGUAAAGCGAGUGAUAUUAAGGAAGGACAUAAGAGUUUCCCAAGCGGCCACACUUCAUGGUCAUUUGCGGGGCUAGGAUUUCUGUCGCUGUAUUUAGCGGGCAAAAUAAAAGCCUUUGACAGCAAAGGGCAUGUAGCAAAGCUGUGCCUCAUUUUUCUUCCUCUUCUCGUGGCAGCUCUCGUUGGCAUUUCUCGUGUCGAUGACUACUGGCAUCAUUGGACCGACGUGUUUACUGGUGGUAUCAUAGGUCUUGUGGUAUCAACAUUCUGCUAUCUGCAAUUCUUUCCUCCUCCAUACCACACUGAAGGAUGGGGUCCAUAUGCUUACUUCCGAGCAACGGAGGAGCUCCGCCGUGCCCCGCAACGAAUCAGCCUUGAUAAUGGAAUGUAUACAGAACAAUCCUCAGAGAUGCAAAAUGGGAAUCGCCCAUCUAGGCUGAGUAGUAAUCGGAAUGAAGAUGUUGAGCUUGGUGGAAUAUAAUCAGAAUGUGAAUAACCAACUUUGUUCAUUACUAGACUUUAGCCUGUUCACAGUUCACCUAAUACAAUCACAGUUCACAGUUUAUAUAUAGUGUUAGUUUCUUGA